AUGGCCACGCGUACAGUCCGGCCAGACACGCACACACCACCCGACCGAGCCAUCCUCGCAGACAUCUACGCACGACGAGACGAGACGACCUACCCGACGACUCUUUUCAUCGUCACCACCGCGCCCCAUCUGGACUUCGAUAUCCUGGUAGAGUGUAAGGACUUUGCCGCAGCUACGAAGGAGUACGAUCUCCUCUACGCGGAGAUCAUCCAAGGGAUUGUCGACGUAUUUUCAGGUCCGGAUCUUUCUGUCGAUGGGAUUCCGACUGAGUAUCGCACUACGAGACAAUACAAAGACAUGAUUAGUCAGACGCAAUGA